CUGGCUUUAGUUGCUAUUGUCUUGAUAUAAAGAUAAACUCAGGCAGCAUUUCAAAAGUGGGGAAAAGCACAUGUAGGCAAAAAGGCGCACUUCCGUGAGCUUCGAAUAGGUUCUGUUUCUGAAAGGCGAGGAGGGGAUCUGAUCCAGUUCUACUAUCUACGAAUAUUUACAUAAACUCCUGCUAUUAACUUCUAGCUCUGGCGAUGAGUUAUGAAAUUGCCUCAAAUAAAGAUAAAGCAGAGUAGUGUGUACCUCCUAUCUAAUUAUUGUUCAGCUUUUUUUAUGGACUUUUAAAGUUCUUAUCAUACAAUUCGUAGCUCUACGCAUUUUAAAACUAACCUCAAGUAUCCUUUUUUAGAAAAAUAGAAUAUUUUCUGUUCCCUUAUGCUUGAUAUACAGUAGAAAUAAAUUUCAAGAAAGCAGAAUCUGGGAAGCAAUCAACGUUUCGCGUGCGGUUUGUUUACUUGAACUUCCGUCAAGACAAUGUAACUAAAAUAGGCGUAAAAGAAGCGCAACAUAAUGAAAGGCGUUUCCCUUGCCAAAUUGUUCAAAAGCAUGCCCUACCCCUCAUUAUCAUUACGAUUCCAGCUGCCGAAUUUGAGUUUUUAUAGACGAACCCUAAAUCAAAAUGGAAUUAGCAUCAUUACAUAUAAUGGAGAACAGCGAAGAAGAGAUGAGAGCCACUUGGUCGUAUCUGCUUGGACUGCUAUUGCCUGUGAGUCUUAUUAGAAGCUUCAAAAGAAUGGGAGCAUUGCCUGUUUCACAUGUGGAUUUGCAAAAGGAGCGGAAUGAGAAAAGCCAUCACACAGACAAAUUUCAAUCAAAGGGCCUAGUCAUACGAAGAGGGCAGCCCUUCUACAUUGACCUGCAUCUAACCGCUGAUUAUAAGGAGCAUGAACAUGACUUCCAAGUUGUUCUCAAAACUGGCAGAAAACCCCGACAGAGUGAUCGCUCAAAAGUCCUUAUUCGCAAGACAGAAGAUUUAGACAAAGGAAAUUGGGGCAUGGUUAUCGUUGGUACUACAGCGAAACGGUUGCAGCUGAAAAUAAGCAGUCCGGCAGAUACGAUAGCAGGGAAAUAUAAAUUAUCAAUUGAAGCAGCAGGGAGAACUAUUUAUGACAAGGAUGAGCAUUUAUUUGUCUUAUUCAAUCCAUGGGCUGAAGAUGACGAGGUGUACAUGCCACAAGAGUCCUGGUUAGAAGAGUAUAUUCUGAACGACCACGGAAUCCUGUAUCAAGGCUCUGCAGACAGUAUCAGUGCAACGAGAUGGUACUUUGGGCAGUUCGAUGAAAUAUCUCUGGAAGCAGCAUUUGAUAUACUAGAAUCUACAAGCAUUAGAGGACGAGACACUGCAAGGGAAGUGGCCAGGAGGGUUUCAGCUAUGGUAAAUGCAAAUGACGAAGGAGGCAUCGUGAUGGGUAACUGGGGCAGAGAUUUCGCUGGCGGUGUUGAGCCAUGGUCAUGGACGGGAAGCACAGAGAUUUUGGAGCAAUAUAUGAGAACAAAGACGCCGGUUAAGUACGGCCAGUGUUGGGUAUUCUGUGGUGUGACUACGACAAUCAUGCGAGCCCUUGGCGUGCCUACGAGACCUAUAAGCAACUUCAAUUCAGCACACGACUCUGACUCCAACUGCACAUAUGAUCGAUUCUAUGACGAAAAUGGAGAAUUUCUUCCAAAGAUGUCUGGGGAUUCAGCAUGGAACUUCCAUUGCUGGAAUGAUUGUUGGAUGGCUAGGCCAGAUAUUGCUCCUAGUUAUGGCGGAUGGCAAGCUGUGGAUGCCACUCCACAGGAAAGAAGUAAAGGGCUUUUUCAACUUGGACCUGCGCCACUGAAAGCAGUGAAAGAAGGCAAUGUCGAUAUCAAGUUUGACGCGCGGUUUGUGUUUGCCGAAGUUAACGCAGACACCGUUUACUGGAAGCGCGACACAGCCGGUGGAUCUUUCAAACCAUUUGAGGUGGACAAAAAAUCAAUAGGACAAUUCAUAUCAACUAAAGGCGUUGGAAGGUAUAACUGGAAUCGGGUUGAUAUUACUGAUGACUAUAAAUAUGCUGAGGGAACUUCGCUCGAGGAUGUUGCUGUAAGACGUGCUUUGCGCAUGAGCAAUAAUCCAACGAUUCGGCCUAAUAGCAAAGAUGUAUUGUUCACCCUGCGCCUUUCCAGCUAUGUUUACGUAGGUCAUGACGUCAGCAUGACAAUAGAGAUGCGCAACACUGGAAUGAAAAACCUGAAGAUUCAGGCAACUGUGAGUGGCAACGUUGUGAUGUACAAUGGAGUAUCAUUAAACAGCUUAAAAUCGCAAAAAACUGACGUCCAACUAGGUCCCUACGCAUCUACUCGUCAUUCGGUAGUGAUCGAGGCUCAGGAGUAUCUGAAUGAAAUACAAAGUAACCCAAGACUCAGCAUACACGUAAUGUGUUUGGUAGCUGAAACUGGACAAGCCUUUGCAAAGGAGGAGAUUGUAACUAUAUGGAGGCCUGAUCUUACCUUUGAAGCACUCCCAAGUAGAUGGAAGCUUGGAAAGCAAGUCAUGUUUUACGUGCGAGUCAGAAAUCCACUCAACGUCCAGCUAACGGACUGUGUGCUUCGUGUUAAUGGAAACCUAAUGAAAGGACACAUUGUUUUGCCACAAAAAAACGUUCAGCCAAAUGGAAGCUUGCAGAUGUCAGUAGUACUGAUCCCAGAGUUCGAAGGCGAGAGAGACAUCAACGUGGCAUUUUCAUCGAAGCAGAUUGGUGGGUUCAGUGGUCAUGCCUUUAUACGUAUCUUCAAAUCAAACGCAUAUUAUUAGAGUGGCUGGAUGCAAACGAUAAAAAUUCAACUGAACAAUACAUACAUCGUAUUUAUGUAGAUUGCCAUGGAAGUAUUUAUACAAAAGAAGUUUAUUUAUUUUCAGUUUUGUUUUUUAUUUCGUAAUCAAAUUUUUCUGUGCUACAAAUGGAGACUAUCUUGCCAAAUCAUUUUAAGCGAUGUGAUAUAAAAUUUCAUUUUAAUGAACUUCAUUUUCGU